AUGGUGAGUGGCGGCCAUGGGAAGAUUCACAGUUCUGCGUCGGGCUCUCCUGAGAACAGACCCAGAGUGUGGGAUGCUGUUCCAGGAAUACUAAGGGUCACCCCGUCAGGACUCGGCUCUACCCGUACUGCAGACCCCAGAGCCCGGCGGCUGGCCUCCGGGAACAGUAGUGCUGUGGCCACCAGAACCGCUGGACUCACCAACCACACCAACUACACCAACCACACCAACUACACCAACCACAGCAACCAUAACAACAAUACCAACCAUAGCAACCAUAGCAACACCAACCACAGCAGCAACACCAACCACAACAACAACACCAACAGCACCAACCACAGCAACAACACCAACAGCACCAACCACAGCAACAACACCAACCACAGCAACCACAGCACCAACCACAGCACCAGCUGA